GAAGGUUCAGCUGACCAAUAGCGCCUGACAGCCCUGAGAGCAAUGGCAAAACCAAGUUGGCGCACGAGCCACCUUUUCAAUAAACUUCGGACAGCGCAAUUCGGCAAUUUCGAUAAGUCGCUUCAUUGGAGGCCUAAAAUCGGCACUAUCCUAUCGCCGACGAUCUAAGUUCGAGAUGUACGUUUCCGAUGUACCUUCCCGUUAUCGAUUACGAUUUGCAAGCGGCUUUGAAGUUGAUUGGUUCACGUCAUCGAUAAUCAUUAAUUUUCUACAGCUCAACGUCCUCAAGAUGGUGAUGCGCAGAUAGACAUUGACGGUAUAGCAUUCUCAAUUGAAUGCGCCAGGCCUUGAAUUGAUGCUUUGGGACCCCACAGAGAAUAGAUAGUUAUGGCUCAGGCAAAAGUGAGCGCGCAUCGCCACAUUCUGCGGGCGCUUUCCCAGUGGCCCAAAGAUACCCUACGACCCCAGAUUCAAAUCCAAGAAGUGCUUCGAAAGCGAUUCGAACAACCGUCAAACCUACCUGAACAGGACCAACUAAAACAAGCCAACGCACUCUACUCGCUAAUCAACGACCGAUAUAAGACCAAGUACCCCAUCAGAGGAUCUCUGCUGAAGCCUAAGAGUCACCCAACAUAUUUUACCGAUCUAGUAAAGGAGCUCGAAGAAGCGCCGAGUCGAUCAUACCUGGAAAGACUCUGGUUAAGGUUGAAGGGAGUUGUAAGAUUACAAUAAGAAUCGGAAAUUUUCUAGAUUGCCAAAAUCACGCUUGCAGACUCUCGGUACCGUGGAUCACGAACAUCAUGCAAUCUUAGUUCAAGAACGGGAUGGUGUCAUUCGGUGUCAUUGUCGUACAUGAUUAUCGUAGACUUUUGGCCUCUACUACUAGUGUAGGCUUUUGGAGCCAAUGUGUAAAUCCGAUCCAACAUCAACCGAUGUCUGGAAACACCGUCCGCCAAGGUGACUCCUGUC